CAGGCAGCGCCAAGGGCAGCCCCGGCCGCCUGAGGUCCCCGGACCAUGGCGGCGAUGAUGGCGGCGCUGCGCGGGCCGGUCGCACGCUUCCGGUUGCGGACCUGGGCCUGGACACGCAGGACACGGGGCGCAGCGAACGCAGUGGGAGCAGGGCAGCAGCAGGGCUUCGAUCUCUUGGUGAUUGGUGGGGGAUCCGGUGGCCUCGCUUGUGCCAAAGAAGCUGCUCAGCUGGGAAGGAAGGUGGCAGUGGCUGACUAUGUGGAACCUUCUCCCCGAGGUACCAGAUGGGGCCUUGGUGGCACCUGUGUCAACGUGGGUUGUAUACCCAAGAAGCUGAUGCAUCAGGCCGCACUGCUGGGAGACAUGAUCAAAGAUGCUCACCACUAUGGCUGGGAGGUGGCCCAGCCCAUCCAGCACAGCUGGAAGAAAAUGGCAGAAGCCGUGCAAAACCAUGUGAAGUCCUUGAACUGGGGUCACCGUGUCCAACUUCAGGACAGGAAAGUCAAGUACUUUAACAUCAAAGCCAGCUUUGUCAACAAACACACAGUUCAAGGAGUUGAUAAAGGUGGGAAGGUGACUCUGCUUUCGGCUGACCACAUAGUCAUCGCUACAGGAGGGCGGCCGCGGUACCCCAUACAAAUCAAAGGAGCCAUGGAAUAUGGAAUCACAAGUGAUGAUAUCUUCUGGCUGAAGGAGUCCCCUGGGAAAACGUUGGUGGUUGGAGCCAGUUAUGUGGCCCUAGAGUGUGCUGGCUUCCUCACAGGGAUUGGACUGGAUACCACAGUCAUGAUGCGCAGCAUCCCUCUCCGAGGCUUUGACCAGCAAAUGUCAUCUUUGAUCACAGAGCACAUGGAAUCUCAUGGUACCCAAUUCCUGAAAGGCUGUGUGCCUUCCCUCAUCAAAAAACUCCCAACUGGCCAACUGCAGGUCACCUGGGAGGACCAUGCCUCUGGCAAGGAGGACACAGACACUUUUGAUACUGUCCUGUGGGCCAUAGGGCGAGUUCCAGAAACCAGAAAUCUAAAUCUGGAGAAGGCUGGUGUGAAUGUCAACCCUGAGAACCAGAAGAUUGUUGUGGAUGCUCAGGAGGCUACCUCUGUCCCCCACAUCUUUGCCAUUGGAGAUGUUGCUGAGGGGCGGCCUGAGCUGACACCCACAGCUAUCAAGGCAGGAAAGCUACUGGCUCAGAGGCUCUUUGGGAAAUCCUCAGCCUUAAUGGAUUACAGCAGCGUUCCCACGACUGUCUUUACACCACUGGAGUAUGGCUGUGUGGGGCUGUCUGAGGAGGAGGCUGUGGCUCUCCAUGGCCAGGAGCAUGUAGAGGUUUACCAUGCAUACUAUAAGCCACUGGAAUUCACAGUGACAGAUCGGGAUGCAUCGCAGUGCUAUAUAAAGAUGGUGUGCUUGAGGGAGCCCCCACAGCUGGUGCUGGGCCUGCACUUCCUUGGCCCUAAUGCUGGAGAAGUCACUCAAGGAUUUGCUCUGGGGAUCAAAUGUGGGGCGUCAUACGCACAGGUGAUGCAGACAGUAGGGAUCCAUCCCACCUGCUCUGAAGAGGUGGUGAAACUGCACAUCUCCAAGCGCUCGGGUCUGCAGCCCACUGUGACUGGAUGCUGAGGUUAAGUCACCAUCCCUGCCAAGCUGAGGGCACACGCUAUGCCAUGUGUCCAGUAAAAGGCUC